GCACGCAAUUAGCGAAAGUACUUAGCAAAACGACAGGGCUCCUGAAAAAGAGGGAAAUUCCUCGACCAGCAACACCGCAGAGUAUAUUUAUAAUUGCUCAGUGCGUUUUGGGCAACAACACACGUAAUCGAUGCAAGAAUUUGGCGAAAAUAUUCAGCAGGUUCACAACGAGAAGUUGGGCAGGCACUUGGUGGCAGGCAUAAACAUCGAACCGGGAGACACGAUUUUGGAGGAGCGGCCCCUGCUGGUGGCUCCCCACUGGGAAUGUCACCAGCUAAAGUGCGCCCAAUGCCUCCAGGAAUCCUAUGUGAUGUGCCGGAGGUGCCAGGUGUUUCCCCUGUGCAUGGACUGCAGCCAGCAUGACGAGUUCGAAUGCCAGUUCUUCUCCAGCGGAGCGGGGAAAGCCAUCUGCAAGGACAUUCUAGUGAAGAACUAUGGCAUAUGUGGACUGCUGAAGCUGCUCCUUCUGCUGGAGAAUCCUGAUACGAGGGCGGAUUGCCAAAUGCUCUUGGAUGUACCUGUAAAUCUGGCUGAUUACCGCGACGGAGAAGGAAUGUGGCAAGAGCACGAGGAGCUAGUGGUACGUCCACUGAUGGAGAGUGGCCUCGUGGGUGUUCUACCCGCUCAGCAGUUGACUUCGGAUGGGCUGCACGCCCACUGCAUCCGCAUCGACAGCAAUUCCUUUGAGGUGACCGCCAGGGAUGGUGAUACCUUGAAGGGAGUCUUCGUUUGUGGAGCUGGUUUACCACACCACUGCGUUCCCAAUACGGUGGUCGCUUUGGAUGAGCAGUUCAACAUGAAGCUGUAUGCGGCUGUUCCCCUGCAGCCGGGUGAUAUUAUAUACAACUCGUACACCAAUCCCCUGAUGGGCACCAGCCAGAGACAGCACCAACUGCGGCUUACCCGGAGAUUGGAGUGCACCUGCUCGCGCUGUCUGGAUCCCACUGAGAUGGGCACCCACAUGAGUAGCAUGAAGUGCAGAGAGUGCGGCGGAUUUUCGGUUUGUGAGAUAGAUCCCAACGGAAGGCUGGGUGACUGGCGCUGCCCGAAUUGUAAUACCCUUCUUACCGCCGCUGAGGUCCACGAACUGCAGGCCGAAGUGGGAUCAGCAUUGGUCGAGGCCCGGGGUGAGCUGCAGGUCUACGAAUCCCUGCUGACCCAAUAUGGGCCCCUGCUCCAUCCCAACCACUUUAUGCUGCUCGAUAUCAAGCAGAACAUUGCCAGUAUUUUGCGGGCUGCGGCAUUGAUGAACUCAAUGGAGCAGCCGUGCAAGAAGCUCCUAGCCCGUCGGGUGGAACUCUGUUCCGAUCUGCUGCCCGUCUGCCGGGCUGUGGUACCGGGCCUCUCCAAGCUGUAUGCCAUCGGUCUGUUUGAGUAUCUGCUGGCGUUGGUGGAGCUCGUGGAACUGCAGUUUGCGGAGAGUGACCUGGACAAAAAGGAAUACGUGGCUCAUUUGAGGACCGCCAGUAUGGUGGCCAAGGAGGCCAUGGACUUACUUCGCUUCGAGCCGGAAAACUCAGCGGAAGGCUAUCUUUCGGACCGGAUUUCCAUGGAGCUGGAGCGUAUUGAGUCCGAUCUGAAGAAGUACGGCCGAUAGGAAGGCAAAAUGUUUUUCAAUGAGUCUUGUAUGCGAUCCGCAGCUGCGUGGAUUUUUAAAUUUAAAAUAAAUUAGAUUAGUCGAAUGGAA